AUGCACCAACGCUCAUGUGCCAUUCAUAAGAGACUCAAACUGUCAGUGGAAAUAGAAAACGGCAAUGAAACGGCAAAUUUAGCACCACAAUUAGACUCGACGCCGCCAGAGGACAAGCAACAGUCGCAUUCAAAGAACGCCACGCAAGAGUUUCCCUCAACAAACGCCACAGAUCAACCUUCUUCAAAUAGCACCUUGCAACAACUUCUUCCAAAUAUCGUCAUGCAACAAUUUCCUCCAACAAACGCCACGAAACAAAUUUCUUCAACAAACGCCAUGCAACAUCAUUCUUCAAAUAACGCUGCACAACAAAUCUCUGCAAAUAACGCCACACAACAAGUUCCUCUAACAAACGACAUGCAACAACCUUCUCCAUCAAACAACAUGCAAGAAUUUUCUCCAACAAACGCCUUACUGCAGUCUCAAUCAACAAAAAUCAUUCAACAACUUCCCUCAACAAACGCCAUACAACGAUUCUCUCCAACAAAUGCCAUGCAGCAACCUUCUCUGGCAAACACCAUGCAACAAUUCUCCUCAACAAACGCCUCGCAGGAGUCUCCGCCAACAAAGCCACUUAAAACGGACAAUUGGGCACCAAGUUCAGACAAAACCGCAAUGCCGCUCGCAAGAGUCAAACUCCCGAAAAGCCACGCUCAAUGCACCUCAAGCAGCUGGGAAUUGAAGCACCUCAAGCACGACAAUCACCAUUUUGAUGCCGAAAUAGGACUGGUGAUUAAACUGCUGCGAUCGAAAUUGGCAUUGAAACAAUCGGCUAACGCAAAAAAACAAGAUACAACAUCCCAGCUGAGACAUCGAUUCUGGUGGUAUUGCAAAAAAUUAUUCACACCAGCUGAAUGCCAGAGUCCUCAGUUCAAUUCCACAACUUGCCAUAACUACUUCAGCACUGUCUUAAAUGAAUACAGCCACAACAAACACCAGCUUCCAGGCUGGUUAGAAAAGCUCCCACCACCGUCUAAGCCAUGUAACACAAACCCUCCCGGGUACAACGAGAUUUCGUCAAUAAUCAGAAAAUAUAGAACGAGAUCAUCGCCCUGCCCUCUGGACCAGAUCUCGAUUAUCCCGUUCAAAAAAUGUCUCAUACUCAGAACUAUUUUACAACAAUUAUUAAGAAUUGCUCGUGGCAGGUAUUCAAAUUUUCCUGCCUGCAAACCACUGAAAUUUGCACAUAGGACGCUAUGUCAUAACAAUCCAUCCCAACUCAUCUGUUAA